AUGGACAUGAUGUCGGCAGGGACGGCCUCGUUUGCCGCGGCGUCCGGCUCUGACGUCCACUCUAACCUCAGUUCGACCUUCGCCGCCACCUCCUCCUCGUCCUUAAGUUCAUUGACCGACUACUCCAACUACCCUUUGGCGCGCCAGGGGGACCGCACCUACCUUCGCGAUCCCGAAAACCUCUACCCUCUCCCAUGCGACCUCCCCGAAAUCCACCGCCAGAGCUUGCGCACCGUGAUGCUGUUGCGCGUCUUUGGCGGCCCGUUUUGCAACCCCCACCUGGCCAAUCGCCCACCCAAGCGCGUCCUGGAGAUCGCCUGCGGGUCCGCCUUGUGGUCUGGCCUGUGCCACGAAUAUUUUAUCCGGCGUGGGCAACCGAACACCUGCUUCCACGGUAUCGACUUUGUCUCUCUUGCCCCAGACCUACGCAAGCAGGGCAUGAACUGGCAGUUUAAACGACAUGACCUUCGCAAACCCCGUUUCCCUUUCCCGGACGACUACUUCGACUUGGUCUUCAUUAAGGAUGCGGGCAUGUGCCCAUCUAGUCCGGCGCAACAAGCUUCCGGGCUGAGCGAGCCCCUCCGAGUCUUGAAAUCCGGAGGCGUUCUCGAGGUCUGGGACUCGGAUUGGGUAUUCCGUUCACUCCUGCCCAACCCAGCGCCCGCGCGGAAGACAUCAUCCAAGGAACAGGAGAUCGCCGACCAAACCGCAACAUAUACAUUUUCUUCCGCCACCCCGUUCACCAGGGCCCAGAACAAAUAUCUGGUAGACUACAAUUCCUGGGUCGAGAAAUCAUUUGACCGUCGAAAGAUUACAGCUUUGCCCUGCGCAACCAUCGGGCUAUCAUUCAAUUCGGAGGUAGAUCUACUGGAAAACAUCGACAGUCGUCGCAUCGCCAUUCCACUUGGGGAAGUACGAUGGGAACGAGAAGGUCAAGGGAAAGAUUCCAAGGGCCGCGCCCGGAAAGCCUUGACCCAGGAGCAGAUUUCCAUUCGGCGAACUGCUCUCUUGACUGUAAUUCAAAUGAUCGAAGGGCUGGAGCCCAUUCUCAUGGAAGCCAGUGGGAAAGGACGUGACGAGUGGGACCGAUGGUGGGCGGCUAUGACCACCGACCUCUUCCAAAAAGGUGGCCUCGCCAGUGGCGAGUGUCUCGAAGUCAGUGCCUGGUGGGGUCAAAAGAAAUGA